AUGGGGUCUUCCAGGUGGAAGGUGGCAGCGGCGGUGGCUUUUCUCGUAGUAGUAGGGCCUUUUUUACCUGUCGACGCAGAUGAACACGACCACACGUACAAAGAUAAAGAGGAGGUAGUUUUGUGGAUGAACACUGUUGGGCCUUACCACAACCGUCAGGAGACGUACAAGUAUUUCUCUUUGCCCUUCUGCGCGGGCUCUAAGAAGACCAUCAGUCAUUACCACGAAACACUCGGAGAGGCCCUGCAGGGAGUAGAGCUGGAAUUCAGCGGGCUGGACAUAAAGUUCAAAGAUGAAGUCCUGCAGUCAACAUACUGUGAGAUUGAUCUGGACAAACCCAAACGGGAUGCUUUUGUCUAUGCCAUAAAGAAUCACUACUGGUACCAAAUGUACAUCGAUGACCUUCCCAUCUGGGGUAUUGUCGGUGAGGCGGACGAAAACGGAGAAGAACACUACCUGUGGACCUAUAAGAAGCUGGAGAUUGGCUUUAAUGGCAAUAGGAUCGUUGACGUCAACCUGACCAGUGAAGGCAAAGUGAAACUUGUGCCAAACACAAAGAUCCCCAUGUCUUACUCUGUGAAAUGGAAGAAGUCAGAUGUAAAGUUUGAGGACAGGUUUGACAAAUACCUGGAUCCAUCCUUCUUUCAGCACAGGAUUCACUGGUUCUCCAUCUUUAACUCUUUCAUGAUGGUGAUUUUCCUGGUGGGCCUUGUGUCCAUGAUUCUCAUGAGGACUCUGAGAAAGGACUAUGCCAGAUACAGCAAGGAGGAGGAGAUGGACGACAUGGCGAGUUCCCGUUUUGACAGAGAUCUGGGGGACGAAUACGGGUGGAAGCAGGUGCAUGGAGAUGUGUUUAGGCCAUCUAGCCACCCACUGAUCUUCUCCUCCCUCAUUGGCUCCGGCUGCCAGAUCUUCUCCGUCUCCCUCAUCGUCAUCAUCGUGGCGAUGGUGGAGGAUCUGUACACAGAGAGGGGAUCCAUGCUGAGCACGGCCAUUUUCGUGUACGCUGCAACUUCUCCCGUGAAUGGCUACUUUGGGGGGAGUCUGUAUGCAAAACAAGGAGGCCGGAGAUGGAUUAAACAAAUGUUCAUCGGGGCCUUCAUGAUCCCUGCCAUGGUGUGUGGAACCGCCUUCUUCAUCAACUUCAUCGCCAUCUACUACCACGCCUCCAGAGCCAUCCCUUUCGGCACUAUGGUUGCCGUCUGCUGCAUCUGCUUCUUCGUCAUCCUCCCGCUGAACCUGGUGGGGACGAUUUUGGGCAGGAAUCUGUCUGGUCAGCCCAACUUUCCGUGCCGAGUGAACGCCGUGCCGCGGCCGAUCCCUGAGAAGAAAUGGUUCAUGGAGCCGGCUGUCAUCGUGUGUCUCGGAGGAAUCCUGCCGUUCGGUUCCAUUUUCAUCGAAAUGUACUUCAUCUUCACCUCCUUCUGGGCCUACAAGAUCUACUACGUGUACGGCUUCAUGAUGCUUGUGCUGGUCAUCCUCUGCAUUGUGACUGUGUGCGUCACCAUUGUGUGCACGUACUUCCUGCUCAACGCCGAGGACUACAGAUGGCAGUGGACGAGCUUCCUCUCCGCCGCUUCCACCGCCGUUUAUGUUUACAUGUACUCCUUUUACUACUAUUUCUUCAAAACUAAGAUGUACGGGCUGUUUCAGACGUCCUUCUACUUCGGCUACAUGGCUGUGUUCAGCACUGCGCUCGGAAUCAUGUGUGGUGCCGUCGGCUACAUGGGAACAAGUGCCUUCGUGAGGAAGAUCUACACAAACGUGAAAAUCGACUAA